AUGCCGGCCACCGAAGCAUCCCACGUCGCUCCCUCCGAGUCCGGUUUUGUCAAGAUGGAAGACCGGAAGAGAGCUGCCACGUAUGAUGCCAAUGAGUCGGCACCACCAUUGAAGAAGCAAGCAACUUCCCUCAAUGGUGGUGGCGGCAAACCCCACCCUGAUGCUGACAUGCCCUGGAAAGACGAUUUGGAGAAAGAUGCGAUAUGGCGCCAGAUGCAGGAAUACAAGCGCGAGAAGGUCUCCCUUGAGUCCAAAUUGAAGGAGAUGUCUAAAGCUACCGCAUAUCACAAUGAACACCUCCGUGUUAUUGAUUCGUGGUAUAACCAGUUGAUCGAUGAAAUCAAAAUACUUAUGGGUACAUCGGAUCGCAGCAAAGGGCGUUCUGAUUUUCAAAGUUCCCUGCUGUUUGAUGACUCGGAGAAUUUUGAGAGACAUCUAAAAUCCCGAUCAGAUGAUAUCCGCGAGAUUAUCUCAGGUUUUCGUGCUACAUCGCCAAAUGUUGCACCCGACGUUUCAGAGCUGCAAAACCAAUUAGCAAAGAAAUUGGCGGAAGAGAAGAGGGCCAUUGCAGAGCUUGAAAAAGCGCUUGCCGAAAAGCAACAGCUGGAAGAAAGCUUAGAGGAGGCUUCCUUGCGAUACAUGGUAGCCGAGAAGAAACUCGACCGCGCACGGAGCUUGACUGUCGCCAAGUUAGAGAAACAGGUCAUCUUUGGCGCUCAGCGACCCGGCGGCGAUAGUGCGUCUGGUCCACGAGAGGAACAAUCUCCGGUUAAUGGUACAACCCCUAGUGGUGAGCGCAGUCCGGACCUGGACGAAGCACACCUCAAACUGUCGGCUAUGUCAGAAAAACAAAAGGAGCAGAUAAAAAAACUGGAGACUGAAAAUGCUAGUUUGCUUAGUCAAAUUACUGAUUUGAAUAUCAAGCGCACCAAACUUACAGACGACGAUUACGCGCACACGGAUUUGUUUAAACAUCUGCGAUCGCAAUACGAUGAUGUGAUUAAACGGAUAAACCAUCUGGAAGCCACCAAUGUGCAGUUACGUGAAGAGGCUGUCAAACUACGAUCGGAACGCACCGCGUACCGCAACCAGGUUGACGAGGAAACACAAAGUGUCAUCGCCGAAAAAGAGGCGCAAUUGAUGCGGGCGGAGACCGAUUUGGCGCGGAUACGGAAUGCACGUGACGAGCUCUUGGCCGACCAGCAGAUGCGAAAGGCUGCGCAGGAGCAAGAAAAGACCGCUUCUAUCAAGGUUCAGGAGCUUGCGGACGCUGGGAAUGCUCGGAUUGUGUCAUUGGAGUCCGAGGUGGAACGACUGCGCCUGCAGUUGGAAAGUACAAGGACGGAACAAGCGGAUGCCAACGACAUCCCGGUUGAAGAGUUACGUGCCAAGUACCGAAAUCUGGAGCGCCAGUAUUCGAUGCUCAACACCGAAUUGACGUCCAUGCAAACAGCAUGCAAGAAAUACUCCUCACUGGCCUCUCAGAAAGUCACGGAUUUCAGCGCCUUGGAAGAGAAGGUAGCCCGCCUUAUCGCCGAGAAAUCCAAAGCCGAUCAGAAGUAUUUCGCUGCUAUGAAAAGCAAGGAAGCGCGGGAGAUGGAAGUCCGCACUCUGAGGGUGCAGAACGCCAAGAGUUCGGAUAUUGUCUCGCAACUGAAGGAGUCAGAGGCCGCCACUCGAUCUCUGCUGUCUAACAUGGAGAAACAAGUCAGCGAGACGAAAGAAGCUUUGAACUCAAUGGCCGCUAAGUAUCACGGCGCACAACAGCAGCUCACAGAGAACGGUAUCGCUAUGGAUGGCCUCCGAGGACAGAUCUCUGAAUUGAAGGCGUUGUCCGUCUCCAAAGAUACAUCCCUGGCCAAUGCUUCCAGCGCCUGCCGUCAAGCUGAAGCGGAGGUAGAAGGCUUAAACGCAGCACUCGCGGAUACCAAGAAGAGUCUGGACACUUGGAAGAAUAAGAGCCUUGGAAGCUCGUCAUCCGAAUAUGAAAUGCUGAGAACUCUUGCUCUAUGUACUGUCUGUCGCCGAAACUUCAAGAACACUGCAAUCAAGACCUGCGGCCACGUUUUCUGCAAGCAAUGUGUUGAAGAACGUCUCACUUCUCGAUCUCGAAAGUGCCCGAAUUGCAACCGAUCAUUUGGAAAUAAUGACCACAUGCAUAUUACCCUCUGA